AUGUCGCAGUUGUGUUAUGAGAACACGUUCCUCACGGUGAAGGACCGCAUUCGAGCAGGACCCCGCUCGAAGAGCAUGGACUUGCCCAGGGCCUCAGCUUUGCAAGACUGUCCGGAGGUGCUCUACGUCGCCACCCUCGAGCAGAAGGCCUGGCAGACUCCCGUGGAAGGGGUGCACAUUCCAGCAGAGGCAGUGGCAGUCGCAGGAGCAGCGGAAGCGACCCACAUGGACGAAGCAGCGGCGCCAGCAGAGGCAGUGGCAGUCCCGCCAGCGGAAGCGGAAGCGACCCACCCAGGCAAAGCAGCGGUGGCAGCGGAGGCAGUGGCAGUCCCGGCAGCGGCAGCGACGCACACAGACGAUGCAGCGGCGGCAGCGGUCCUCGUGCUUGACGAGACCAAGUCCUUUGGCAGUGCUGGGCACCCACAGCUUUGCAACAAGCCGUGCCUUUUCCUGCGCCUUGGAGAGUGCCCCCAUGGCGCAGAGUGCAGGUUCUGCCACCUUCCGCACCCCAACCCUGCCAAGCUGGACAAGAGGAUGCGCGAGACGAUGCGGGGUUUGCCCCCGGCAGAGGUCCUUGCCCUGCUUUUGCCCCACCUGCGAGUCAAGAAUGUGACUGGAGCUGGCCGCCUUCUUGCAGAGAUGGAAGCCCGCCUGGCCGCUCUGCCACACGUCAGCUGCUCCAUGCUGCCUCCAAGGAUCGUCCAGCUGAAGCGGGCCUUGGGUCGCCUCAGCUUCCGCCAGUUGAUGUUGCUGUCGCCUGAAGGCACGCAUGCGCAAGCAGAGCUGGAGCAUUUGCGAAGGCCAGUUGCGUAG